GAGGCGCAGGCGGGCAGCGCAGCCCCCCGCGCCGCCGCGUUCGAGAAACAGCAGCCGGGGUACGAUGCCUGCGGCCGCCUACGGCUGGCGGUCGCGAGGCGUCCGCGGCCGCAGCCCGCGGCUUCCUGGAGGCUGACGUCUUGCCCUCCCAGGAUCCCACUGGAUUUUGUGAGAGUUGAUGAAGCGCGCGCGCGCGCGCCUGCGGCUGCGGGUGAAUCCUCCGCGGGUGCUUCGGCAUUGAUUAGUUUUCCCAUUCCGAACAGUGGGGUUGGCCCUGGAUUUUGUUAAAAGCAGGGAUGCUAUUGAGGAGGAGCUUGAUUUGGUACUGGCAGAAGUUCAUCUUCGCAAUAUAGUACCAGGCUCUUUGGCAAACUCUGAGCUGCUCCACCACAUACUGAAUGAACUUCAAGUCCCUCUUAUUACAAUGGGUGCUUAUGAUGAUGAAGAGGCAAUCUCCGAACAUGUGGCCCUGGGAGCAUGUUCCCAUGUGCUGAAGCCAUUGCACGCAGGAAGCUUGAACAUACUGAAGCAGAAAGCCUUAGAACAUAAGUUUAAAAAGGCAACACCUCAAGGGCCAAUUUCUAGUAGGACCCAAAGUAGAAUGGUUUCAUCAUUUACUAAAAGGCCCCAGGAAAUGCUUGUCCUAGAUAGAAACGAUUUACCCAAUCCUGGAAGCAAUGAAUUUGAAGUGCCAAAAGUUCGGAAGGCACGUGGUUCAGAGAAGCCGGGUCGAGUCAAAUGGACCAUUGAUCUCCAUGAGAAGUUCCUGGAUGCUAUCGAAGUUCUUGGGGACAAGACUGUUCGGGUAACAGAUGCUAAACCUGAGGGGAUUCUAAAGCUCAUGAAUGUGAAAGGUUUGACCUCGAAGCAAAUAUCUAGCCAUCUCCAGAAACAUCGAUUGCUCCAACGGAAUGCAAAGCAAGGAGGGCAGCACCAGAGGAAUGCCAGCAGGAAACCAGUAUCUGAGCUGAUAGGAUCAGCACACAAUGCGGCCACUACUGAAUCCAUCACACCCACAGUUGAUGCAGACAGCAGGGAGGUGUACCCCUCAAGGCUGUGGACACAGGUGAAGGAAGCAGCGGUUUUGAAGACUUGCAUGUACACAUGCGCAUCUGGAAUUUACCGAGGUGACAGAAAGUCUGUGUGGGAUGAGUACGAAAAGGACCUGCAGAAAGAUUUCUCUACGUCAAGCAGGCGUUGGCAACAGAUAGGAGUGCCAUUGAGCAAAUGUCAGUUGCCUGUGAAGAACAAUGUUGUCAUAGAUGCAGGUGUUUCAAGCGAAGCCCUCAAAGCUGCUGGUGAAAUAGGUUAUGGUGCAUCCAUAGAAAGCUCUGAUUCAAGCAGCCUGUCAGCAGGUUUGGUUGAUCAAGUUGGAGAGAACAAUCGUACUAAAGCUGCUGGCAUCAACGACAACGUGGGAAACAUUAAUCUGCUUGAAGGUACCAUGAACAAGGAGCACACUGCAGCAUCGGAUCCUUCUGAUCUUUUUGCAUUCCUACAGAGCAAUAAUGUGGACCUGCUAGGCCCUCCUUAUGGCAGGGAAGAAGAUACCCCAUACUGGAUGAGUCAGCCGCUGGAAGGAUUGCAAAACCAGCAAAACCUUGGCCUGGAGGAUCCGCUGCAGGUAGAUGAUGCAUGGAAUAAAGGUCUUGCAUCGCUGAACCUGAUUAACAUAGAUGGACCGAUGACUCAAGAAGCCACCGUUCAGAAUGCUCCUCAAGAAGCCACCAUUCAGAAUGAUCCAGUCAAUAACCCUGUGAUGCCGAUUGCCCAAGACGACGGAUUAUCGCUAGUCCAGCAAUACCUUGGCCUGGAGGAUCUGCUUCAGGUAGACAAUGCAUGGAACAAAGGUCUUGCAUCGCCGAGCGUGGUUAACAUAGAUGGACCGAUGGCUCAAGAAGGCACCAUUCAGAAUCCUCCAGCCCAUAACCCUGAGAAGCCGAUUGCCCAAGAUGAUGGAUUCUCGCAAGACCAGCAAAACCUUGGCCUGGAGGAUCUGCUGCAGGUAGACAAUGAAUGGAAUAAAGGUCUUGCAUCCCCGAGCGUGAUUAACAUAGAUGGACCGAUGGCUCAAGCAGGCACCAUUCAGAAUCCUCCAGCCCAUAACCCUGUGAAGCCGACUGCCCAAGACGAUGAAUUCUGGAGUUGGAGUCCUCUGGGUGACUUUGACAUGCUGAUCUGAAUCAGGAUAAAGAUGUGACGUUAUCAUGAUAACAAUAAUAUCUAUCUUUAGAAAUAAGAGCCCUGACAAAACCGUCAUGUCAAUCGGGGAGAAAUUAUGCUGUAAUAAGUAGGUACAUGUCGUAUGUGUCGUUUGAAGUGCUUUAAGACAAGUGACCGUCGGAGAACUUAUCAAUCAUUAUACUGCAGUUGUUUUAGCAGCUAAAAUUGAAAACCUCCCCCACCGCCUUUUUUUCCUUUA